UUUUGAUGACGUCACAAAACAAACGACGGUGGAAAUGCGGCACUGAAAAUUGCAAUGUUUCGUUUUUGUCUUCUUUACGGUUUCCUUCUGCUUGUGACAGGCUCGACAGAGAAAGACGUCUCUAGAAAGGUUCCAAUAAGUAAUGGCAAGACCAAGGCAACAGGAGAAGUGGGAUAUCAAGUUGGGCCCCCGGAAAUCCACAUUUCCAAGGGUGUUUUAAAAGAUGGAACUCCAACAUUGGAUCUCAAGUGUUCUUCCAAGUCCACAGAAACAUCUGUCCAUUCCUUCGCUUGGACGAGAAAAGGACCAGGGAAAAGACGUUACAACUUUAUAACAGGAAUGUCACCAAAAAUUGGGUUUUCAUGGCCAUACCAGAAUGCUUACAUGGGAUGGUUAAAGCAUAAGAUAAUUGAGGAUAAAAACAUGGUUGAUGGGGAAUAUAACCAAGGUGGUAUUGUAUCUUUCACUUUGCGCAUUCCUCUUGAGCCUUGUGAGGAUGAAGGACUCUUCAAAUGUACCCACUACUUUCAAAAGGACAAAAAAACCUCACCACUGGAAAAGUUUGCUGUGUUUCGUUUUAACAAAACUCUUGUUUGUGGUAAAUCCACCGGACCACAAUCAUCAAAAGAUGGGCCGUCUGAUUUUGGUAAUCUCCUUAAAGAAGAAAAUGUGAGCUAUGCUAAUCUGGCUAUAGAAGAAUUGGCUGCCAUCAUUGUACUAGUUCUCAUCCUGAUUGUCACCAUCAUAUGCUGUGUGCGUCGUCGGAAAAAUGCUAACAAGACAAAGAAUGAGAAAGAAAAAAAAUCAGAUGCAAACUUAAAAACAAAAAGGAAACCAUCAAGGAGCAGAACUAGAACAUCCCAUUCAAGACAUUUAAACUCAAAGAGUCACUUAUCCUCUCACAGACAGCCAUCUUACUCCACUACUGAUCCAGCAAAUCAUUCACCAAGGCCAAAUAAAACUCACAUUUCACCAUACCAGUCAAUGACAAGGAUGAAUGGACCGCCACCACCCAUUGGAGGUCCUCCCCAGUCAAUGGGUGGCCCACCCCUGCCACCACCCAUAGGAGGGCCUCCCCAGUCAAUGGGUGGCCCACCCCUGCCACCACCCAUUGGAGGUCCUCCCCAGUCAAUGGGUGGCCCACCCCUGCCACCACCCAUUGGAGGUCCUCCCCAGUCAAUGGGUGGCCCACCCCUGCCACCACCCAUUGGAGGUCCUCCCCAGUCCAUGGGUGGCCCACCCCUGCCACCACCCAUAGGAGGGCCUCCCCAGUCAAUGGGUGGACCGUCUUCUCCUCCAAAUGGACCACCUCCCCAGAAUAUAGGAGGAUCUACAGGGAAAACAGCUACUGCUAGGCCAGACAGAAAUGCCUUCCUGGCCAGUAUCAAUGCUCGAAGAGCGAGUUCAUCUAAUUUGUAAAAUGAUCACUGAUAACAUGAGUAUUGAUGUGUAAUAAACAUAAGAAAGAUUCCAAUUAAUAUAAAAAUGUCAAAAUAUUGAAUAUUCAGUAUGAUUCAUCGAAUAAAAAUUGGUUUGUCCAUAUACAUUGUGUAGCAUUAUCAGUAUGACUGUAAAUGAAGGAUGAAAUGGCAGACUGCUUGAUUUGAUAUUUUUUGAGGGAAUUUACCAUUUUUAUAUUUCCAUCAGGGGAUCACAUUCAUUUUCAACUGAUUUCUACGAAAGACUGUAGACAUUCAAUUAUUUGUUGUUGUUUUUCCUCGGCAGAGUUUUGAUUCAAAAAGUAUUUAAAAAGUUAACCUUUGUUAAAUUUCAUUAGUUUUAAUCUUGUCUGGAGAUCUCAUCACUCCUGUUUUGACUGAUCUUUUUGAAAUUGUAGGCUUAAUUAUCCCUAGCUGUCAGAAAUGUAGACAGUCUAAAAUGUAGGCUUAAUUAUCCCUAGCUGUCAGAAAUGUAGACAGUCUAAAAUGCAGCAGAUGCAUGUACUCUUUGUUGAUAUGACUAUAUUCCAUGGGUGGACUGUAGAGAUCAUUUGUAAAUACAAGCAAUAAAUGUAUAGGUAGUCAGUACUAUUUGGUUAAUAAGGGAUAUAUCCCAAUACUGAAAGUGUAUAAAAAUGCCAAACAAAAUGUCCUCUUCAUAAUAAUACUGUCCUACAACAAUUACAAUAGUAUAAAACCAACAUGAAUUGGAGGGGAAUUUCUGCUGUUCAAGAAAUAAAUCUAAAUGAAACAAGCAAAUUUGUGAACCCUUGAUUCAUUGAACCCUGUUCCUAUGUUUGAAGACGUUUGGGAAAUAUUUGGGAGAGUGAUUUAAUGGCAAACAACAAUGUUUUCAUAAAUCGAGGGAUGGUAACUGUGUUACUAAGUUUGAUCCAAUAAUAUUUGUGGGGAUCAUUGCAUGAAAAUAGCAAAACUCUGCCAAAUAAUGUCCCGCAAAAGUGGCAAUUGAACUUAUGAAGUUUGAAAAAAAUUUAUUCAUAACUCUUCCAGUUAUUUCACCGAAACGGCAGAAAAGGGUUUUAGUUCAAUAGGGGCCAUAACUCUGCCAAAUAAAGUCGAUCAAACUUGGCUGAGCCCUUCAAGUGUUACACCAUGGUACCAAAUUUGAAGAAAAUCUGUUCAUAACUGUUCAUAACUAUUGCACAGAAACAAAGCAUGACAGACAGACAGACAGACAGACAGACAAACCCAAAGUAAUAUUUCCUUUUUCGGUGAAAGCUGGUAGUAAUGGGGAAAAAAUAGAACACAUUUGUAUUAUUCAUGACUUUUUUAUUUAUUGAUCAAUUUAUACAACAUACAUUUUCUGUUAUUUCUCAUUUUAUCAUGAUAGAUUCUGGCUUAAACAAUACAUAUUUGAUGUCACACUUUCACAAAUUAACCUUACUACACUUGAUUACUGUAAUAUUAGCAAAGGUCAAACAUACAAAUGUGUGGUCUCACUUUUUCCUGAAUGAAGAAUUACUUUUCUAGUUGUAAUAGUUAUUUAUAAUUUCAUUGUAGGUCUUACAUAAAUCAUUGUUAUAUUAACUACUGAAACCCCAUACAUAUGUACUACAAACAUUCGCAAAUCAUUAGAUAAAAUAUUUAGUGUAAAAUUCAUCAAGAUACAUAUAAAAGAGCAUGAUUGUUACAUGAUGAUAUGUUAUUUUAUUACAUUGGGAAUGUUUCACUAAAACAGUUCUAAUUGCACUUGGAGGAUAACAUCAAAGGGAACAUUUGUACAAAAGUUCAGUAGUAGGUAUAAACAUUUGUACAAAAGUUCAGUAGUAGGUAUAAACAUUUGUACAAAAGUUCAGUAGUAGGUAUAAACAUUUGUACAAAAGUUCAGUAGUAGGUAUAAACAUUUGUACAAAAGUUCAGUAGUAGGUAUAAACAUUUGUACAAAAGUUUAGUAGUAGGUAUAAACAUUUGUACAAAAGUUCAGUAUUAGGUAUAAACAUUUGUACAAAAGUUCAACAUUUUGUUGUGAAAAUCAAUUGCAGAGUAUACUUGAAGCAUGCAAAAAAAAAUUUGCUGCAUUGGGAAUUUUCAGUAAAUUAGAGAUUCAUUUUGAACAGACAGGAACAAAAUUCCUAUAUGUAAUUUUCACCUGUAAUUUUUACACCGAAUGAUUGGGACUUUCCAUGAUAAAUUACUUUAGUAAUGAAUUAGAGGUUCUGUUGUGUGUUUUUUUUACUAGUUUCCUGACAAAUGCUUGUUUUUCUGUGGUAUAUGUAGGACACCUUAAUUUCUGUGGUAUAUGUAGGACACCUUAAUUUCUAUAACGGAGAAGGAAUGCUAUUCAUCCAAAUAAAAUAUCUGUAAAUGUUCCUGAUAUAAUUAUUCCUGUUAGGCCUCUUGUUAUUAUAUGAUCUCCAAGUAGUAAGUAAAAUUAAAAUACAAUAUGUAUAUAUAUAUAUAAAACCAAUUCUUUUUGUGAGAUUUAUAUUUCCUAGAAAUAGACACAUAUUACGAUAAUAAAAGAUAUUCGGUGCCAAACAAAAACAAGAGGCCCAGAGGGCCUGCAUCGCUCACCUUGAUUUCAGUAAUCAUGGCAAAAAUAUUUUUAAGUUACAUUACAACUAUUUUCCUGUCAUCUUUGCUGCAUUUUCUAACUAGGGUUUCAAGCAAAUAUGGAUCAAAUCAAGUCAUUCUUCAAGAAGGAAUUUAAAGUUUUUUGGGCGUUUUUUUUUUAACAAUAUUUGCCCUAUCAGGCCCCUUGGGGUCAGAAUUGUCAUUGAUGCAAAAUCUGUUCCCCUUUCCCAAGGUCCUUUAAUUCUCACCAAAUUUGGUUAAAAUUGGUUAAAAGCAAAUGUUGAUGGACGACAACAGGGCAUAAAAAA